AUGGCAGCAGAAGCAGAAGCAUCGUCGACUCCGACAAACGGUGACGGCACCUCGACCCUCGACGCGCUCAAGCCGCCGGCGGGCGUGGUCCUGCCGCCGCGAGAGAUUCGCAACGUGCUCGAGAAGACGGCGGGCUAUGUGGCGCGCAACGGAGCGGUCUUCGAGGACAGGAUCCGCGACAGGGAGAGUUCGAACCCGAAGUUCAGCUUCCUCAGCAGCACGGACGCAUACCAUGCCUUUUACCAGUGGCGACUGAGCGAGAUACGAGCGGGCAGGGGCACGGCGGUCGCGGCAGGCCGACCCGCGGCGGCAGGGGGCGGCGGCGAUGCGGCGGAAGCUGAGAAGCCCAAGGGACCGCCUAAGCCGGCAGACUUUGAGUUCUCGGCGCGCAUGCCGCGCAUCAAUCAAAAGGACCUGGACGUGAUGCGUCUGACAGCGCUGUUCGUGGCCAAGAACGGGCGGCAGUUCAUGACGCAGCUCGCGCAACGCGAGGCGGGCAACCCGCAGUUCCAGUUCCUCAUCCCGAACCACACACUCCACAACUUCUUCCAGCAUACGGUGGACCAGUACACGGGCCUGCUGCGGGCCGGCGGCCUGGGUGGCGAAGGCGGUAAGCUGCAGGAGGAGAGGGUGGCGGCGCUCGAAGCCGACGGCGCCGACAGGCAGCGCGUGCUCCGGCGCGCCAGGCAGAGGGCCGAGUACUCCAAGUUUCAGGAUCAGGAGAGGCACAAGAGGGAGGCGGAGGUCCAGGAGCGCAAGGAGGAAUUCGCCCGCAUCGACUGGGGCGACUUCGUCGUGGUCGAGACCAUCAACUUCUCCGAUGCCGACAACGAGGUCAACCUGCCCCCGCCCACCAGCCUGUCCGAGCUGCAGUACGCCUCCCUCGAGGACAGGAACAAUGCCUCCAUCGGCGCCAGCAUGCGCAUCGAGGAGGCCAUGCCCGGAGACGAGGACCACGCCAUCCCCCUGGCUCAGCAGCCCCAGCAGCCCGCCCAACCGCAGCAGCCUAUGGCCGCGCACGCACCCCAGGCCAUGCCGCCGCCUGUCCCCAUCUCCGUCACGCAGCCAGAGCAGAAGCCGUACCAGCAGCCUGUACCACCAACGGUGCCCACGGGCCCUGGGGCCAUCAAGAUCAGGGAGAAUUACGUGCCGCGCGCUGCGCAAAAGGCCGCCAACAACAGACAGACGCACAUGGCUCUGUGUCCCAACUGCAAGCAGCAGAUUCCCAUGGAUGAGUUGGAAGAACAUAUGCGAAGUAGGUUCCCACCCUUCUCUCUCCCUUUCUUUCUCUCUUUCUUUCCCUUCAUUCCCUCGAUCCCCUACAGAUUCCCCGUUGCUAACUUGGAAACAGUCGAACUCCUCGAUCCCAGCUGGAAAGAACAGAAAGCCAAAGCCGACACCCGCUACGCAGCAUCCAACAUUUCCCGAGCCGAUGUGGCAAACAACCUCAAGCGUCUCGCCAGCCAGAGGAGCGACGUCUUCGACCCCACGACCGGACAGGCCAUUACAGAGGACGAGCUGGCCAGGCGGAAGAGGGCCGCGCUGCAGAGCUAUGAUGGCAACCCGGAUGGUAAAGGACAAGGGCAGGGCCAGACGGGACAGAUGCAGUCGUAUAAUGUCGAGGAACAGAUUCGGGCUAUUCACCAGAGGUUUGGGGAUAAGAGGUGA